AACCCAACUCAGUUGUCAAGAUUGCAACAGUUUUUGUUGGAACCUUAAAUUUUUCGGGAACCGCAACUAUACGGAAACUCGAUCUUCCUUCGAGUUAUUCACUCACGAAUAUUUUGCUACCGACAACAAAUUCGAAAUCCCCGAGUACCUCUACCAGAUCGUCACGUCCUGUCAUUCAUAUCACUCACAUCUAUUCCGAAACUACUCAACCAACUGAUCUGUCAAACAAUAUUCCUUCGAGUGCUUUCUCUAUUAAGGGUUACAUUAGUUUGAAUAUGAUUUUUUG